AUGCAAGCCAUCUGCGAGGAGGACGAGAAACUCGAGGACUUUGAAGGUGUCCAGGAUGCGGUUCCCGCGGCGCCGGAAGCCAGCUCGCCCGACGUCACAAGUCCGAUGUCACUCCAGAGCAAGAAGUCAGUCCGCUUCGCUGCCGAUGCUGUCCCACACUCCCUCAGUGGCACCCCGGAAGCCAAGAAGCGCGUCUCGCCGAUCCAUGACGGUACCUUCUGGCAGGGUUGGCGGUAUCACAAGCGAUCCGAGCGAGCACGCGACGUGUUCCAGCACCGACAAGCCCGCGUCGAAGCCGAACAGGUCCGUCGAGUCAGCCUUCACAAGCAGCACGUCGAGCAACUACAGGGUAAGUAUGAGAUUACCACCACCGAGCGUCCUGCACCUUCACGGCCAAUCUCGGACUUGGUCCCUGCCGUCCCACAGGAUGAGAAGUCCCAGAUAAUUGCUCAGGCCGACCGCGAACGACAGGCGUUGGAGCAAAUGCAAUCUUCAUCGUGGCAUCUCGCCGCCCAGCGCGAAGUCAAUGGCGGAAAGCUCCUGACCAGCCCCGUCGUCCAGAGUUUCAAGGGUCGCAAAGACGUCAACAUCCUGGAUCUCGCCGGUCAGGCGCACUGCGGCUGGGCAUGGUCGGUAGCAAUCGAGCACCCUCAGGCAACCGUCUAUACCACCGUCUCCACCGACGCCGAAGCCCACGUCGCCGAGAUCUGCCUCGAUGGCCCUCCCAACCACGUCGUCGCCGCCUCCCCAAAGCUCUACGAACUGCCCUUCGAGAGCAACUUCUUCGACGUCGUCUCAGCGCGCAACCUCUACGCCCAUCUGAAGACCACCUGGCCUCAGGGCCACGCCGUCGACGAAUGGGACCUCACCCUCCGGGAAUGCAUGCGCGUCCUCAAGCCCGGCGGAUACCUCGAGUACGACCUCCUGGACGCCGAGCUCGCGCUUCCCGACGCCGCCGGCCAGGCCCUCGGCGUAGAAUUCGCCUUCAAUCUGAAGACCCGCGGCUACGACCCCAGCGCUGGCAAGAGCUUCAUGCCCCGUUUGAAGCGCGCUGGUUUCCGCGAUAUCAAGCGUGCGUGGAUGCUCUUCCCCGUCGCGGAUGUCGCCGCCAAGUGGAACGAUGCCGGCAAGGCCCGUGGCGAGGGUGGUGAACUCCGCACUAUCGCGGCGGACGGUACUGUCACGAUCUUCGAGGCCCCUACGACUGGCAGCACCAAGGACGUUCGUGCCGUCACGGGAUUGGUCGGCGCUCGUCUCUGGGAACAGUGGAUGAUGAAGCUUUGUGUUGAGACUGGUCGCAGCGAGAAGCAGUGUCUGCAGGAGGUCGCCCAUGCCCUGGAGGAGGGCGGCCGUGGCAGCGCUGCUUGGAGGUGUUUGGUCGGAUGGGCGCGCAAGGACAUUUGA